AUGGCAUCAAAAUGGGUUAAAGUAUCAGACAACAACACUGGUAGUCGGGUCAUUGUUACUUCAAAGAGGAAGCACUUAUCUCAAAUAGCCAGAUCUAGCAACUGGGCUUUAGGUGUUGUGAGGCCUGGUUUUGCAUCAAUAUUGAACAAGAAUCUAAAGAGAAAGAGAGACAAUAAUAAUAGCUUCAAGUCCACAUGCUCCUCUUCCUCAAAAAUUUUACUAAAAAACUACUCAAAUUUUAUGAAAAGUGGACUCCCUCAACGUGUCCUUUUCUCUGAAGGUGGUGAAUGGAAUGAUUUCUCCCAAGAUGUUAUUGACUUGGUUAAAGAACACUUCAUGGCAAAAACAACAGCUUUUGAGCAUGGAUUGAUGAAAAAGAUUGAUGAAGAAGAUGCUGCAUCCCCUACUUUGGAUCAAGAAACAGUGAGAAAUAUGUUUAUGAAAAGUCAAAGUCAAAGUCAAGGCUUGAAGGUUGAUAUAAUUGAAGUGAAGAAAUGUAGUGGUGGUAUUAUGGAAUCGAAGCUAGAUCUUUUCCAUGCACAGGCUGAAAUUACUAAAAAAGUACGUGGAAACGCGAAUGUCAGAUACGGUUGGUUUGCAAGCCCUGUGGGGUCCACCUCCACCUCCACCACUGGGGUUUAUGGGCUAGGACAUGAUGGGCUAAAACUUGGAAGGUAUGGCUAUGGGGUCCACUUUACAGCUGUCCAUUCUGCCCACAACAGUGAAGAUAUUAUUUGUGAUGUUGACGAAAAAGGGGUAGAAAUACAAAUACAGUGCAUGGUUUUAUGCCGUGUAAUAUUGGGAAAUAUGGAAGUUGUUUUACCGGGGUCUAAACAAUUUUACCCGAGUGAUGAGUGCUUUGACAGUGGAGUUGAUAAUCUGGAAAAUCCAAAUCAUUUUGUUGUUUGGAAUAUGAAUAUGAAUACACAUAUCUAUCCGGAAUACACACUCACUUUUAAGAUGUCUCCUAGUCUUACUGCUCAAGGGAAUCUGAUUAUAGAGCGAAGUAGGGUUGACAUGUCAAAGUUAACAACUCAACCUCCCCAUGGACCCUUAAAGAUAGAUUCCUCCCCACUUAAAUUGGGAAAGAAUGAAAUGCAAUUUCAAAGUGGGAAAGCGUCUCCUAUGUCUUUAGAAAAGGGGGCUAGUGUUGGAUCAAGCACCUCUAGGGCUCCUAAUUCCCCAUGGAUGCCAUUCUCAAAGCUUUUUGAAGCUAUUUCAGAUAAAGUAGCUCCAGCUGACAUGAAGCUAGUCCGUAUCUUGUAUGAAUCUCUUAGGGGAAAGAAAACAAGCCUCUCCAGUCCAAGGCUUAACUCAUUCAGCUCCUUCCUCGCCAUCAUAAGCAGAAGUAAAAUAAGUGAGUGAGUGAGGGGAAUUGAAGGUGGCGAAAAUCUUGAUGUCUUUUGUGAGGUACAUUACAUUAAAUGUGCCAUCGAGUAUAAGCUUUGUAUCUCUUCAGCUAUUAUGCUUCAACAUUAAACUGGCGAUAUGGGUUGAAAAAAUCAGGAUGUUGACAAUAAAUUAAAUGUGACGGAAGUAUCUGUUGCCACAUAUUGUCGGAUACAAUUUUAAAUCACACAUUUACACUAGAAAUUUUAUGGUCUCUUGACAUAAUUAUAACCACAUGUAGUUCCUACUUCUUGUGCUG